CUUGCCAAGGUCUUUAUAGGUCACCCGGAAGGCACGCGAUUCCUCGGCGCGCUGCUCCCAGCAUUGUCUCUCCGCUACUCCAGCCCCGCGCCCCUCGCCGCGGCCCUCGGGCGUCUGCGCCGCAGCUGCUACCCCGCCUCUUUGGAGUCUCUCGCGGCCGCGAAGCGCGGCCUGCGUCGCUUCCGGAAGUUCCCGACCGCGGGCGAUGGCUGCCGCUGGGGGCGCCCAGCUGCUGCGCGCCGCUUCUGCGGUCCUCGGCGGCCCGGCCGGCCGGUGGCUGCACCAUGCUGGGUCCCGCGCUGGAGUCAGCGGCCUGCUGAGGAGCCGGGGGCCGGGCGGGAGCGCGGAGGCGAGCCGGUCGCUGAGCGUGUCGGCGCGGGCCCGGAGCAGCUCAGAAGAUAAAAUAACAGUCCACUUUAUAAACCGUGAUGGUGAAACAUUAACAACCAAAGGAAAAGUUGGUGAUUCUCUGCUAGAUGUUGUGGUUGAAAAUAAUCUAGAUAUUGAUGGCUUUGGUCUCUGCUUGCCUGCUGCCAUCUGUGUAAGAUAUGACUUGCUUCUCCUUGCCUUCCACCAGUAUUGUGAGGCUUCCUCAGCCACAUGGAACGGUGCAUGUGAGGGAACCCUGGCUUGUUCAACCUGUCACCUCAUCUUUGAAGAUCACAUAUAUGAGAAGUUAGAUGCAAUCACUGAUGAGGAGAAUGACAUGCUCGAUCUGGCAUAUGGACUAACAGACAGAUCACGGUUGGGCUGCCAAAUCUGUUUGACAAAAUCUAUGGACAAUAUGACUGUUCGAGUGCCUGAAACAGUGGCUGAUGCCAGACAAUCCCUUGAUGUGGGCAAGACCUCCUGAACUAGAACAAAUAGGAAUAUUUUCAUGUAAUUUUACCUAUUUUUAUAAUUAUUAUUUCUUAAAGUGAUUAAAUGAGAACAUGGAUGCGUGGACUGCGUAUUAUGACUGGCUUUACUAUUUUAAUUCACCUUGCAUAACUACUGAAUUUUGUCAUUCUUGAAAGUAUGCAAUUUUUAUUUUGGUUAUAUUACAAAAAUGUCAAUCAAAUAUUAAAAAAUAGUUAAUGUGAUAGAAAAACCUUACAUAUUUUUUCUUAUGUUUGUUUAUCAACUUUAGCAAAAUGUUUUUAUAUAAUCUCAUCUGUUUACCUACAAGAUAGGUUAAGGAAAUAUAUUAUUAUUCCUGUUUGAUGUGGGUGAAGGCAGAGAUCUAACCUGGCUUGUUUAGGGCCAUACCACUAAUUAGAAAAUCUGUACUAGAACCUGUGUCUUAUUACUAUAACCUGUGUGUUCAGACUGAAACUGGAGAAAUUAUGACUAUUUUAUUUAUAGUAGUAGUUAAAUCUGAAUGUGUAUGGACAAAAAUAUUUAAUUGCUCAGUAAACUGCUUAACUUCAAAGAUAGUUAUUAACCUUAUAAAUAAAUAUUUCAAAAUUUUGAUUCUGAAGUCUAAGUCUGAAUGUAGACAUUAUAAUGCUAUCAAAGAAGUUUGAUCUCUGUUUUGACUAAACUAGAGGAAAAAUGAUUGGAUGUGUUUAUUGUUUUCUAAGCAGAAUGGUUUAACUUUGUACUCUUUGAAAAAUAAUGCUGAUUUAUAAAUCUCUGCCUAUAACAGAAUGGAAACCUUAUGAAUGAAUUGUGUUUCUCUGUCUUGAGCUGGAGAAGGGAAUGAACAGGCUGACACGUUGCACAGCCCCAGGUGGCGCCAUUCUCUCACGCAAGGAUGGGGCUGCAGUGUGUCAGUCCCAGGAGGGAGGGAGUGGCGAGCACCACUGAUUACCACCUAUGUGUGGAAGACAUUUGUAUCCUUAUCUUUACUAUAAAUAAAUUCAUAAAAGUUAACAAA